AUGCAGACUCCACAGAAAACCCAAAGCCUCAGACCCUUCAAGCAGAGGAAGAGUUUAGCAACCAGAAGAGAGGAAGUCGCUAGAAUUCAGGCGAAGUUCCCCAGCAAGAUCCUGACUCUUAACAGAGUAGUAGUGGAGCACUACCCCAGGGAGAGGUUCCUGCCCCCGCUGGACAAGACUCAGUUCCUGGUCCUGCAGGCACUGACCAUGACCCUCUUCCUCAGUGUCAUCAGGAGCUGCCUGGUCCUGGGGGCCUCUGGAGCCUUUUACUUGCUGGUGAACAAUAAGAGCCUGGUCAGCAUGAGUGUGACCAUGGCAGAGGUCUACAGGGACUACCAGGACGAGGACGGCCUCGUGUACGCGACCUACGCCUCCCAGGAGAUGUUCGGCUGCCUGGGCUCCAGGAACACCCUGUCGUCCUCUGCAGAGCAUGUCUAG